UCCCAGGUGGGAUCUUUAGGUUCUGCUCUGAAAUGACGUUGCUCUUUGUCUCCUGCUGCAGCUACAUGGUGGAUGCAGCAGAUCCAGAGAAGAUCGAAGCCUCCAAGAACGAGCUGCACAACCUGCUGGACAAACCGCAGCUGCAGGGGAUUCCGGUUCUGGUUCUGGGUAAUAAGAGGGACCUGCCAGGAUCUCUGGAUGAGAAGGAGCUCAUAGAGAGGAUGAACCUGUCAGCCAUCCAGGACAGAGAGAUCUGCUGCUACUCCAUCUCCUGCAAGGAGAAGGACAACAUCGACAUCACCCUGCAGUGGCUGAUCCAAUACUCCAGGACCAAGAGGACUUCCUGAGGAAUCAGGCCACGCCCACCAGCCCUGACCCCUCCCUCUCUAACAACCCCCCCCCCCCCCCAGGUGCACUGAUCCCUCCAGCGCCGCUCGGAUCCGUCGAUCACCUGGAGCCGCUCCAGAGGAACUGGGUCAAAGAUCCGGUUCUGCAGAACCACCAGCACACCAGCAGACCUCCAGGAAGGUUCUGAUCCCAGCAGAUGAUGGAGGAUGUGGGUCGAACCGGAGGCAUCAGUGCAUCCAGGAGCUCCCUGCCUUCACGGCCAUGUUGGUUCCUCCUCCUGUCCUUUUAGUUUCUCCUCCUCCUGCAGAGCGAGGGAUCAAACCUUUUAUUAUUGCACUGUUGCUUUGUAAGAUAUUAAUAAUAAUGUUAAUAAUCUAAAUGUGAGCUAAUCCUGACCUGCAGGACAAUAAUCUGGUUUCUGUCUGUAAUUAUGUUUUUAUUCAUGUUUGUUUUAUAUUGGUGUUUUUUUUAUUGUUUUCUGAUUGGUCGAACCAGAGUUUCUGAUUGGACCAGCGGCGUCAUGUGAUCUCAUGAAACAUCUGCAUCAUGUUAAACUAAAAGCGUUGUAAUCCCGUAUUAAAUUUUUGAUUUAAACUCAGA